CUUAACGAGAAGGAACUCAGAGGCCAUCGCUACGGGGUCACAACUUCAUAUAAAUAUCUAGGUAUCUCAUUUGAUGAGAAUAGACAAUAUAGAGGCCAAAUCACUGAUUAUGAACGCUAAAUAAUAUGGCAAUAUGUAAAAUCAAUAAAUAUGGAAUGGUUGGGUGAUAUAGAAGGGCACGCAAGUACCAGGUAUCACACAUGAAUACAUUUGAUGCUGCUAUAAAACUGCGUAAACUAGAGGCAGAACUCAACAGAAGUAUUAAGAUGCAAUUGAGGCUGGAAGAGUGAGAAUAGAUAGCCACGUAGGAUAUGAGUGGACAGAUAACAGAUAACCUAAGCGCACACACACACACACACACGCACAGAAAGGUGCACGCAAUGACACCUCGCCAUUUGUCAGACAGCUCUACCACUGCACCAAAAUACCGGCUCUGGAGCUUCACCAACCAUAGCACCACCAGUGUGUUCUCCUGUGGCAGAAAAGGACUCUGGCAAGAAAAGCUGGGUUAGGGGACAAAACGAGGGUCGCCCCUGUGCUGAACUGAAAGGACGAUGCAUCCCGGCUUCCAAGUGUGAACGUAUCGCCGCUUCUGCUUCUUGUCCGACGUUCCUCGUCUGCUGCCUCUCCACCCGUUCAGAACAGGGACGGUCUUCCAAAGGCGUCGGAAAGGAACGAGCAGCGAAGAGAAACCCAGAACUACGGUAUGAACUGUCCAAACGAGAUAAAGGUCGCCAUAGUAAUCAGAAAGACAGGACUCUUGAACUAGAUGACGUGUCCAUCAGCAAGAUGCGCUUUGGCAAACUCCCAGGAAAACAAAGAACUUCCUCCAAAAAACUUAAGACUCUUCGGAGAAAGACUUCUAAUAAAAAAAUAAAGGCGUUCGCAACAAAUAAAGAGCGAGGAUCUGCGGGCCGCGGACAACCUAAAUUAGGGUACCAAAGUAGAGAUUAUGUAAAAGAAACCCUAAAAAACAGCGAGUCUGAUAUAAAAGAAAGCCGUAAACACAAGAAGGCGAAAAAGAAAGUGACUCCUCAGAGAGAAGGGGAUGAAAAGAGGGAGAAAGAUAAACAAAAGCGAAGAAAAGGUAAUAACUGGAAGAAGAAAGAAGCUAAAGAGGUAAGCAAGGAUGGUGCCAUGGUGAAGAUGAAAAGAAAAGAACGAUUCAAAGAUGAGAAUGGCCGUGAGAAGAUAAAGAAAAUGAAGGACAAUAAAUUACGAGGCAAAGGCAUCAUCGGAAAGGUGAAGAAGAACAAAAGACAAGGUAAAAAUAAAGCUGAAAUGAUGAAAAAUAAAAUGCGAAGGAAAAGCUACACCAAGAAAAUGAAGAUCAAAGUACGAGACCGAAAUGGCACUAAGAAGAGAAAGACAAGACGAAAUAAAGGCGAUAAGGUGAGGAAGAACAAAAAGAGAAGCAAAGAUGAGUCUAGAAAGCUUAAAAAGAAGGGCAAAGGAGCAAGGAAAUCUAACACAGGAAAGGGAAAGAUAAAAUUACGGAAAGACAAAAGCGCUGCAAGGCGAAGGAAGCAGAACACGGCGCGAGGGAAAAAAUACUUCAGAAAUGUACAAGAAAGUAAAGUAAGGGACUCCAAGAUGGUCAGAGUUCCCAAAGGCGAGGAUGCUGACGAAGGAGGAAAUGAGGGAGGAAGCAAAAAGGACAAGUUGAGAAAAGAAAAACUGGAAGGGAAGGUCAAGUGUCGCCAGAUUAAGAAGUGCACCUCCAAUGAUGCCAAAUGUGUGCCUUUGGGGAAAUGCACCACAUCUAUCAUCGCUGGCAAGUGUCGCGGAGCUAAAUGUGAAUGCUGUCGCUCAGCCUGUUCCCGCGCCACGAAGCCUAUUUGCUCUCUCCAAGGAGGAGUGUGCAAGGAAAAAUGCCGUCCUAAUGAGAAGAAAGUGAAGAAAGGCUGCAAUAAAAAGAAAGGUCGCAAGUGCGUUUGCUGCAAGUCAAAAGGUACUACCACUUCAGGCUGUAAGUCUAAGAAGAAAUGUAAUAAAGUUGGUGGCACUUGUAGAGAGGCUUGCAAUGAGACGGAAACUGAACUACCUAGAGCCUGCAAGAAGAAUUGCCGAUGCUGUGUCCCGUCAGAUUCAACACUCAUACCUACACGACCAUCACCACCACCACCACCUCCAACUACCUUCCCGUUAAAUACUCUUUUCAACACGCUACUCGAUCUGGUUGCCGACCAAAACCAACUUGAAUUAAUCCUGGCUGAAGUGACGCGGCUGUCGACUGCAAUAAAGAACGCCCUUGCCGCAGCACAGGCUAAACCCACUGUCGUAGACAUCAUAUCUGUUCCCGCUGAUAUUCCUGCUGCAGGAGCCAUCCUCUCUGCCGUGCUAGACGCGAUCGUCAUGAAUGCCAAUUCCACUGAACUGCUGACGCUAAGGCCAGAAGUCGAGUCUGCUACCGUCAACAUCACAGGGAUCACGAAUGCUAUCCAGAGCGGCACGCUGCAGAUAACCCUUUCUUUGAUUCAGGCUCUUCAGGACGUCUUGGACAAAGCCUCUCAGACAAUAUCGGUUGCAGACACAAAGCUGGAGGAGCUGGAUGGCCUUAUCAUAGGAAUACUGGACCAGAUACUCACACCUGGAACCACGACACUAGCACCGACAUCCGCGAUAGGUAUGAUGACGACACUGAAAGCUACUACAGCGCCGGCAGGAGUUACUACAGCGCCUGCAGCAGUUACCACAGCGCCUGCACCAGUGACCACAGCGCUGGCAGGAGUUACUACAGCACCUGCAGCAGGAAUUACCACAGUGCCUGCAGGAGUUACUACAGCACCUGCAGCAGGAGUUACUACAGCGCCUGCAGCAGGAGUUACUACAGCGCCUGCAGCAGGAGUUACUACAGCACCUGCAGCAGGAGUUACUACAGCGCCUGUAGCAGGAGUUACCACAGUGCCUGCAGGAGUUACUACAGCACCUGCAGCAGGACGCCUGCAGCAGGAGUUACUACAGCACCUGCAGCAGGAGUUACUACAGCGCCUGUAG